GAUGUUUGCUGAGCGGUGGCGUUGUUCGGGGCGAGCCGACGACGAGACCGUAGCUGUCUGGAAAUUUGUCUCGUGUGUUAGAUUCAAACGUUUUCUUCAUAUAAGGCAUUUUUGUACGUCCGCAGAGCCACUCGUUCCACAUUUUUACACACGUCGUCGUUAGUGUCUUGAAUUAGUCUGGAGAAUGGCUGCCGCUGAGGUGAACGGUAGUUCUGCCCCGGCAAAGGAGGAAGAGGAGCCCAUGGAUGUGACGACAACACACACAGAGAACUACCAGACGCUCAUCGAUGCAGGGCUUCCCCAGAAAGUGGCUGAAAGUCUAGAUAACAUCUUCCAGACAGGCUUGGUGGCCUAUGUUGACCUAGACGAAAGGGCCAUUGAUGCACUGCGAGAGUUCAAUGAGGAGGGAGCUCUCACUGUGCUGCAGCAAUUCAAAGAGAGCGACCUGUCCCAUGUACAGAAUAAAAGUGCUUUUCUUUGUGGAGUCAUGAAGACUUACAGACAGAGAGAAAAACAAGGAAGUAAAGUACAGGAGUCCACUAAGGGCCCAGAUGAGGCAAAAAUAAAGGCGCUACUGGAGCGGACAGGAUACACCUUGGAUGUCACCACGGGGCAGAGAAAGUAUGGAGGUCCCCCACCUGAAGAUGUGUUCAAAGGAACACAACCAGGGAUUGGAACUGAGGUGUUUGUUGGAAAAAUCCCAAGGGAUUUGUAUGAAGAUGAGCUGGUGCCACUCUUUGAGUCUGCUGGUGCCAUCUGGGACCUCAGGUUAAUGAUGGACCCUCUCUCUGGUCAGAAUAGAGGUUAUGCUUUCAUCACAUACUGCAAUAAGGAUGAUGCCCAAAAGGCGGUGAAGCUUUGUGAUAACCAUGAAAUCCGCCCUGGCAAGUACUUGGGAGUGUGUAUAUCCGUUGCAAACAAUCGUCUGUUUGUCGGAUCAAUUCCAAAAAACAAGACAAGAGAAAGUAUAUUGGAAGACUUUGGCAAAGUCACAGAGGGUCUUCAAGAGGUAAUACUGUACCACCAGCCAGAUGACAAGAAGAAGAACCGUGGCUUCUGUUUCCUGGAGUACGAGGACCACAAGUCUGCAGCACAGGCCCGCCGCCGACUGAUGAGUGGCAAGGUCAAGGUGUGGGGAAACCCUGUCACUGUAGAGUGGGCUGACCCCGUCGCCGAGCCAGACCCGGAGGUCAUGGCCAAGGUCAAGGUGCUCUUUGUAAGGAAGCUGGCGACCGCAGUGACUGAAGAGCUUCUUGAAAAGACCUUCUCUCAGUUUGGAAAGCUGGAGCGAGUAAAGAAAUUGAAAGACUACGCAUUUGUCCAUUUUGAAGAAAGGGAUGCUGCCGUAAAGGCAAUGGAUGAGAUGAACGGAAAGGAGCUGGGAGGAGAGGAAAUUGAGAUCGUCCUGGCAAAGCCCCCAGACAAGAAGAGGAAAGAGCGCCAAGCAGCUCGGCAGACCACCAGGAAUGCAGGGUAUGAUGACUACUACUACUACCCACCUCCACGCAUGCCCCCACCAGGCCGAGGCAGGGGUCGUGGUGGCCGAGGGGGCUAUGCCUAUCCACCAGAUUACUAUGGAUAUGAAGACUACUAUGAUGACUACUAUGGCUACGACUAUCAUGACUACCGUGGUGGCUAUGAAGACCCCUACUACGGCUACGACGAUGUGUACAGCAUGAGGGGCCGUGGUACUCGUCCCAGCAGGGGGGGGCCUCCUCCACCUAGGGCUCGCGGGGCGCCACCGGCACGUGGCCGUGGUGGCUACGCCCAAAGAGGUCCGCCCCUUGGUGGUCCGAGGGGUGGCCGAGGAGGACGGGGAGCCCCUUUCCAGCCACAGAGGGGCCGCGGUCCUCGCGGAGCUAGAGGCAAUCGCGGAGGUAACGUCGGCGGAAAGAGGAAGGCAGACGUGUUUAACCAGCCUGACUCCAAGCGCCGCCAGACCAACAACCAACAGAACUGGGGGUCCCAGCCCAUCGCCCAGCAGCCCCUGCAGCAAGGGGCCGACUAUUCCGGUAACUAUGGUUACAGUAAUGACACCAUGGAGUUUUCACAGGAUUCUUAUGGGCAGCAGUGGAAGUAGAUGCACCAAAAGGUAUUUGGCAAAGUGUCAACAAAAAAAGAGAAAAACAAUAAAAAGGAAAAAAAAAAAAAGAAAACAGGAGAUUGGCCACAAUUUUUUGAUUGACUUUUUAUUCGUCAUCGUUCAUGAAAAAAAAAAUCUGUAUAUAUCUCAGAAAAAAAUGGACAGACCCCAGAAUUGGCUCAAGAUGAUUGGCUGGAAAGCCUUUUGGCUGAAGAUGUGAACGUAACCGUUGUGGUGAAUCAUUUCUUACUCCUACGGUUACAUUGGGACACGUGUCUUUAAAAAAAACACACAAAAUACUUUUAUUGUUACAUUUUGUUCCUGAUUCUUUUAAAGUCAACAAUGAACAUUUACAAAAAAGUGGACAUUCAUUCUCAAAAGUCUGAGAGGACAUUAAAUAAUGAUAUUUGCCUUGCAGGAAGUUUUGUCCAUGCCCCUUUCCUCCCUCCCCUUCUUGUACUCCCUUUAUUUGUGGUUUAUCAUAGUUGCUUAGGGACUUGCUUGUAAAUAAAUGCAUAUGGUUAGAGCUUCAUACGUCAUUUUUUGCAAUGGUGGAGAAAAGAAUCCACAGGAAGGAAGAAAUCAAAGUUUUGUAAUGUUCAAAGUGUAUGCCUAGCAUUUCUAGAGGUAGACAAAUUGUGUUUUUUUUUAAAACUGAUACCAUAACUUCCCAUGUUUUCUUUGAACUUGCCCAAUAGAAUUUGGUUUGGCUUACCUUAAGAGCCAUAGCAGUUUGUUCUCUGAUGUUCUUUGUAUUUAUAACUUUUACGUUUGUUCCGUUUCAAUAAAACUCAGCUGAGCAUCAGUCAAAUGUCAGAUACUCAAA